CUCUCUCUCUAUUACCUCUAUAUAUCAGCACCCAGGCCCUCGCUGCCAGACUUCAGCGCUGAAGAUCCGAUCCCUCUUCAGUUCUUCACAGCCGAUUCUAUUCGGAUAGUGAAUCAUGGGAGCGGACAGCAGCAGCGCCGCGAUCAAGUCCUCCACCCCCGCGGCCAUGGUGUUCGAGGCCUAUAUCAGCACCCGCGGCCUCAUCUCCGGAGCCUUGCCGCCGGUCUUUGAGAGUACCGAGGUCGUCGAGCAUUUCACUUGCGGCGAAGGCGACCGGGACAAGACCGUGAAGCAAAAGGUCGAGGCCCGGGACAAUAAGAAGUUCACCUACUGCUACUCGAUCACGGAGGGGGACGCGCUGGGCACCACCCUUGAGAAGAUCAGCUUGGAGGUGAAGAUCACCGCGUCGCCCAAGGGAGGCUCGGUGUGCAAGAUCACAAGCGAGCACUUCGCCAAGAACGACGCGGACAUCACCGAGGAGAAGAAGACGGCCGUGAAGGAGAAGGCGAUCGCGGCGUUCCAGGUCAUCGAGGCUUAUCUGGUGGCAAACCCUCGUGCCUAGCGCAGUCACUCUGUAGUUUUAUUUCAGGAAGUUGGUGCAGUGGUUUUGGGUGGUUUUAUUAUCUGGAAGUUGGUGCAGUGGUUUUGGGGUGUUUUUAUUUUAUUUUUAUUUAAGUGGUGGCUCUGGAUAUUGUGAGUAGGGCUAGGGAGGGGCAGUAUUUCUGGGUAAACCAAGCGCUCGUGUAAUGUAGCACAGCAGACGAGGCUUUACCGCUAGCCCAGUAUGUCACCAUGGACUAAAGUUUCAUUAGAUGUCGUAUUUCGAUUGUGUCGGCCCGGCCUUCUGUUUGUCUCUCGAUUUAUUAUGUUUGUCUUCUUUCCCCAUCUCUGAAUGUGGCCUUGUUUUGUGUU